AUGGCUACCUACGGUUACGGCCCGCCGCCACCUCCACCACCUCCGUCUCAGCCGUCAGGCGGAUACGGCCAGUACCAGCCUUCAUAUCAACACGGUCCUCAGCACAACCGUGGUGGCCGUGGUGGGGCCAACCAUUCCAGUGGUCGCAGCAAUGAAUACCCGAACGCCGCUGGCAUGGAGCUUACCCGCCUCAUCAGCCGCAAUGGGCGCCUGAUCCAGCAGUUCAAGGCCAUACACAACCGCACCAAUCGUCGCACAGUCCUCUCCCUCCGCAGAGCUACCAUUCGAACUAUGCGCCGCAGAUGUAUCAGCAGCAUCAGCCGAGCCUGGCCCCUGGUCACCACCAAGCGGCCCAAGGUCCUUCCUCCUACAGCCAGCAGCCCCCGUAUGCACCGCCUUCUGCUAGCGCUCAACAGCCAUACGGACAGCAACCAUAUCCUCAUCCUUCCCAACCUCCAAACGGCCAUCCGCCCCAGCAGUGGGGGCCGCCCGCUCAUGGCCAACAGAGCGUUGGACAUGGCGGGCACUUCAGUGGUGGCGGCAGAGGCAGAGGAGGCGGACAUCAUCACGAACGUGAACGGUCGACAAUACGGGCGAGGUGGCUAUCAGAACACUUCGUACCGAGGUGGCCGCCCCAACUUCGGUGGCGACAAGAUGCGUCACAAGAAGAUCAGUGGUGGUCCGAUCAAGGCUGCCCCUUCCCAACACCAUCAGAAGCCUGAUGCUGCGUCUGCCGGCAAGAAGAAGAAACGCAAGACUAACACUCUCGGGCUGACACCCGGGGAGGAGUCUGAUGAAGAAGACGUGGACGAAGAAGCCAAGCUGGUUGAAAUGAUCGGACCCGAUGCUCCAAAGCUCGACAACCUGGGAGAAGGAGAUAAGGCGAACAAGGCGGGCGGAGGCGGUGCCAACGGCAAGAAUGGCACGCCGAGCUUGACGGCACUCGAACGCCAACAGCAAAAGGCCGAGAAGCUGAGGAAGCAACUGGAGAAGGUGGAAUCGAGCAUCAAGCGAAAGCGCGAGCAGCAGGACGAGGGCGAUGAUAUGCGCGGCGUGGACGGCGAGUCGUCAGACGCGUCUUCGGAUUCAAAGUCGGAUGACGAAGCACCCGAGGCCAUGCCGAUCCGAAGCGAAGCGAUGCCGCCGGCGCCCAGGCGAGCCGACCACUCCAAGCACUGCAAGUACUACUCUACAGGGGGCACAUGUGGAAAGAAGGGCAAGUGUCGCUUCGUCCAUGACCCGGCAGUGCGUCAGGCCGCGCUGCAGGAGCGGGAACGGAACGGAGGUCGGAUGACGCUGCAGCAGCGGCUGAUUCUCAACGACAAGGACCAGGAGGACCUCACGAUCGUCAAGACGCUGCAGUAUCUUAAGGAGAAAGGCAUCAUGAAGGACGGCGUGUCCGGACCCUCUGGUGCGCAGACCUCUAUUGAUUCGGCCGGAUCACCGGCGCCAGAGUCACCACAGCUGCAGCCAAUGCUGUCGCAGGUUCCAGAGACCGGUCUGGAACCGGGGCAACAGCCGCAUGGCUUGCCCAAACAGCCGCCGUCGAGCCUCUUGCUUGCACCGCCCAACGCGUCGGGCUCUGCACCGACGGUGCAAUAUCAAGGAUGGAAUCUGAGCGGGUUUGGCAACACGGGCGUCAAGUCAAGCGAUCCAUAG